AGCACGCUGGCUUCAGAGGGAGUUGAACUUGAGUUCAGAUGCCCAACUCCCUCUGAAUCCUGCAGAUUGGUGCUGAGCACGCAACAAAAGUUUUUAGCUUCUCCUCACUUUCUGGUGCUUCGCAGGGGAGAGGAAAGGACUUUGGCAUUAAACACAAGAAGCAGUCAGGGAGCCAUCUCCUUUAACUUUUCUUCUCUGUUAUCAUUUGCAAUGAAGAGGAAACAGAAGAGAUUUCUGCAGAUGACUUUGUUAUUCAUGGUGGCUUUAAUUUUCCUGCCCAAUAUUGGUCUCUGGUCUCUGUACAAGGAUAAGCACUUGGUGAAAUCUACAGAACCCGGGGAGCAGCAGACAUUUCCACUGGGCCUAGGAGAUGGGCAAUUCUAUGCAUGGACAGAUGGUUUGAGAAGAAAGGACUGGCAUGACUAUGAAAGCAUUCAGAAAGAGGCUAUGCGCUCAGGGAAAGGUGAGCAUGGGAAACCUUACCCCCUCACUGAAGAGGACCAUGAUGACUCAGCUUACAGGGAAAACGGUUUCAAUAUUUUUGUCAGCAACAAUAUUGCUCUAGAGCGGUCCUUGCCAGAUAUUCGCCAUGCUAAUUGUAAGCACAAGAUGUACCUGGAAAGGCUUCCAAACACCAGCAUCAUUAUCCCAUUUCAUAAUGAAGGUUGGACUUCACUCCUGCGUACCAUCCACAGUAUAAUUAACAGAACCCCAGAGAGUCUAAUAGCAGAAAUCAUUCUGGUAGAUGACUUCAGUGAUAGAGAACACUUGAAGGAUAAGUUAGAAGAAUACAUGGCCCGAUUUUCCAAAGUAAGGAUUGUUCGCACCAAGAAAAGGGAAGGGCUCAUCCGGACCCGCCUCUUGGGGGCAUCUAUGGCCAGAGGAGAAGUCCUGACGUUCCUGGACUCCCACUGCGAGGUCAAUGUGAACUGGCUGCCCCCGCUCCUUAACCAAAUUGCACUAAACCACAAAACCAUCGUGUGCCCCAUGAUCGAUGUCAUUGACCACAAUCACUUUGGGUAUGAGGCACAAGCUGGGGAUGCCAUGCGAGGGGCCUUCGACUGGGAAAUGUACUACAAAAGGAUCCCCAUCCCUCCAGAGCUCCAGAGGGCAGAUCCCAGCGACCCUUUCGAGUCCCCUGUUAUGGCUGGAGGUCUCUUUGCUGUGGAUCGAAAAUGGUUUUGGGAGUUGGGUGGCUAUGACCCAGGUUUAGAAAUCUGGGGAGGAGAACAAUACGAAAUCUCUUUUAAGGUUUGGAUGUGUGGAGGAGAAAUGUUUGAUGUCCCAUGUUCUAGAGUUGGUCAUAUCUACAGGAAGUACGUCCCUUAUAAAGUUCCAUCUGGGACCAGCCUGGCAAGAAACCUGAAGCGGGUGGCUGAGACCUGGAUGGAUGAAUUCGCCGAGUACAUUUACCAGCGGCGCCCAGAAUACAGGCACCUCUCCACCGGGGACAUCUCCGCCCAGAAGGAGCUGCGCAAACAGCUCAAGUGCAAGGACUUCAAAUGGUUCAUGGCGGCAGUGGCCUGGGAUGUGCCUAAGUACUACCCUCCGGUGGAGCCCCCACCGGCUGCCUGGGGGGAGAUUCGAAACGUGGCAGCAAAUCUCUGCGUGGACAGCAAGCAUGGAGCCACAGGCACUGAACUGAGGCUGGACAUCUGUGUCAAGGAUGGUUCUGAAAGGACAUGGUCUCAUGAACAGCUCUUUACUUUUGGGUGGAGAGAAGAUAUUCGACCCGGUGAGCCACUGCACACCCGAAAAUUCUGCUUCGAUGCAAUCUCGCACAACAGUGCAGUCACUCUCUAUGACUGUCACGGCAUGAAGGGGAACCAGCUCUGGGGAUACAGAAAGGACAGAACAUUAUUCCAUCCUGUGAGCAACAGCUGCCUGGAUUGCAACCCCGCAGAGAAGAAGAUUUUCAUGGCCAGAUGUGACCCUCUAUCUGAGACUCAGCAGUGGAUUUUUGAACAUAUUAAUAUGACUGUUUUAGAAAAAUUUAACCACCAUGCCAGCUCCUAG